CGCUGCGUAGUCGGGAUCAAGCCGACGAGCAUCCCAAUCAGACGGUCAGGAGCGUCGUAUCCGUUGAGCUUAUCCGCCACCUCUCGGUGGCUGCCCAACCACCACCUGUCACUGCAGAUAGGCCUAUCCCAUCGCACCGUCAUAUGCCCAAACAAAAGAAGCGCGGACUAACGUUGCAGCAGUCGGAAUCCACCUGUGUGUCAUCGUUCCUCUUACGUGGGAAAGAGAUGAUUUCGUCUUCCCUUGUUCGCUCCUCCCCGCAUAAAUAAAUUAUUUUCUUCUUUUUAAUUUCCUAUAUAUAUACGGCUCGCGAAUCGAACCUUUGGAUCGACCAAUGAACGUGUGGCAGCCGCUCGCUAUAAAUCUCCUCCCCUCCAAUUUAACCGACCGGUUCCCCACCUUUCUCUCUUCUCCGCUCCGCUGUGCUUGGGUUCGAAACGAUUUUAGGGAUUUCUCAAGAACUCGAUGCGAUUUCUUGAUACGGGAUUCGAUCUUUCCGACGACUGAUGAGUUCUUCCGUUGUUUCACUGAAUUAUUGGACGGCGACGUCGUCGGCCGUGAAGCUUUCCGCUCCCAUUCGCACUACUGGAUGGUUGGCGGAAGGUGGGGUUCCGGUUACUCCUGGUUCUUCUGUUGAUUCGGGUUUUGGGGGCGGCAUUUGGUUGCAUUGUCCGGCUCGGUCGAGACGGGGGCGGGAGAUCCGCGGCUCGAAGGCUAGGGCGAUGGUGCAACCGGUUGGGAAGUGUUGGAGGGGCGUAAUCCGAAGGGCGGUUCUUGCCUCCGAUAUGGGGGCAGAAGAGGAGGUCGGACGUUCUAGGUGUUUUCUUAGGGCUCGGAAUGAAGAAGAGCUACUUUUUUGUAUAAGCAAGGAAGUUGAAGCUGGAAACCUUUCUUCAGACAUUGCUACAAAACUGGAAGAACUCUAUUAUAACUACCGUGAUGCUGUUAUGCAAAGUGGAGUUCCUAAUGCUACCGAGAUCAUACUAUCCAAUAUGGCUGUUGCAUUUGAUCGUAUUCUCUUGGAUGUUGAGGAUCCCUUUAGCUUUUGCCCUUAUCAUAAGGCAAUACGAGAGCCUUUUGACUACUACAUGUUUGGUCAAAAUUAUGUCCGACCAUUGAUAGAUUUCAGAACAUCAUUCAUUGGCAACCUCUCCCUUUUCUUUGACAUGGAAGAGAAACUUAAGAAGGGCCAUAACAUUGUUUUGUUCUCCAACCAUCAGACAGAACCAGAUCCAGCAUUCAUUUCAUUGUUGCUUGAAAGAACAAAUUCAUAUUUUAUUGAGAAAAUGGUUUUUGUGGCAGGAGAUAGAGUUGUUACAGAUCCACUUUGCAAGCCCUUUAGCAUGGGAAGAAAUCUUAUCUGUGUGUACUCAAAGAAACACAUGCAUGAUAUUCCUGAGCUUGUUGAAAUGAAACGGAGAGCAAAUACCCGAAGCCUAAAGGAAAUGGCUUUGCUUUUGAGGAGGGGUUCACAGGUAAUAUGGAUUGCACCGAGCGGUGGUAGGGAUAGGCCUGAUCCACUUACAGGGCAGUGGCAUCCAGCGCCAUUUGAUGCAUCUUCAGUGGACAAUAUGAGGAGGCUGGUGGACCAUUCUGGUGUAGUAGGGCACAUAUAUCCCCUAGCAAUGCUGUGUUAUGAGGUCAUGCCUCCACCACCAGAGGUAGAAAAGCAAAUUGGCGAGAGAAGAAAAAUUUCUUUUCAUGGAAUUGGGUUAUCGGUGGCUCCUGAAAUGAACUACGAUGAAAUCACAGCUGGCUGUGAGAACCCUGAAAUGGCUAAGGAGGUUUUUUCUCAGGCUGUGUAUGAUUCCGUGAUUAAGCAGUACAGUGUGCUUAAAGCUGCUAUAUAUGGAUGUCAAGGACUAAAUGCAUCAAACUCCGUUGUGUCACUUUCACAACCAUGGUUUUGAAUCUCUCUUUCGGAGGUUUUCUUGCUUAAAAUUGUCGUAACUACAGCAGAUCCAUUUCCCAUCCUAAAUAUUUGCUCUAAUUCCACUGGCGGCCUUGCAGCUGAUUAACCCAUCGAUAGCGUAGCACUGACCUGCAUAUGAACAUUCUGCAGCCUUUUGGGCGUGGGUGCACAAAAUUACCUACCGACGCUCAAGGUAAAACGCUACUUGCAUCGACUCAACUCAUCGCUAACUUACUCUUCCACAUGCGUAGGGGGGCUGCUACGAGGAGGCUAGUAGUAGUGCAUCAACGAGGGAGGAUUCAGCUUUACAAAAACUGCUGCAGUUCAAGUCUUUAUGAGCAUUCAAACAUCUAACAAAUUGUAUGAAGACAAACCAUUUUUCUGUACAAAUAUAUUUCGUGUAUCCCCGUGUAUCAGAUAUGACAUUCUUUGCUUCUUGGGUCCAAGUGUAAUAGUUUUGUUCCGAUACAGCCCAGGUUUUUGUUACACGUUAUGCAACUCGAGUUUGCUGAUUUGGAUUACGGCAUUCA